GGAGGGACCGAGCGACGCCUGCGCUGGCCGGACCCCCCCGGCCGGCUUCUCGCGAGAGGCGGUGGCUCAGGGGGAGGAGUCGGGGUCGGGGUCGGGGCCGCCGCCGCUAGCCGAGCGGCUCCGGGCGGAGGCCCUGGAUGAUGAGACCUUUAUGAAGCCCAUCCCUUCACCAGUGGAUCAGCAGCAGGCUCCUUAUCAGCAGCACAAUGUGGUGUCCCAAGCAGCACUGUGUGAGGCUGAGGUGAACUCAGGAGAAAGAGACCACCCCAGCAACAGCUAGGAUGACCAAAGCACGGCUGUUCCGCCUCUCGGUGGUGCUGGGUUCCGUCUUCAUGAUCCUGCUGAUCAUUGUGUACUGGGACAACGUGGGGACAGCUCAUUUCUACCUGCACACGUCCUUCUCCAGGCCUCAUGCCCCGGACACUCCGCCCACCGCUGCUCAGGAUGAAGAACACAAAGGCUUGUUGGACAUGGAUGAGUUUUUAGAGAAGCUUCUGAGUUCUGGCCUGAGGCAGAAUGGUCCCUUGAACAGAAAGACGGAGCAGGCCCCAUUGCAAGGCUCCAGCAGGCCUGUCUUGGGCAACCUGGAGGAGAAUGUGAGAGGCUAUGACUGGUCCACCCGCAUUGCCAGAGUGAGCCUGGACCAGGAGAAGCUGCAGGCUGAGCGGCGGAGGGCGCUGCGGGAGUUCUGUGCCAAUUCCAGCUUCACCUUCCCAUCUAAGGAUCGUUCCUUCGACGACAUCCCCAACUACGAGCUGAACCACCUGAUUGUGGAUGACCGCCACGGCAUCAUCUACUGCUAUGUCCCCAAGGUGGCCUGCACCAACUGGAAGCGGGUGAUGAUCGUGCUGAGUGAGAGCCUGCUGGAUCAGGGUGUCCCCUACCGAGACCCCCUGGAUAUUCCCCGAGAGCAUGUCCACAACUCCAGCACCCACCUGACUUUCAACAAGUUCUGGCGCCGCUACGGGAAGUUCUCUCGCCACCUCAUGAAGAUCAAGCUGAAGAAAUACACCAAGUUCCUCUUUGUACGAGACCCCUUCGUGCGGCUCAUCUCUGCCUUCCGCAGCAAGUUCGAGCUAGAGAAUGAGGAGUUCUACCGACGCUUUGCCAUACCCAUGUUGAAGCUCUACUCCAACCACACCAACCUCCCCACGUCUGUUAGCGAGGCCUUCAAGGCGGGCCUCAAAGUCUCCUUCCCUGACUUCAUCCAGUACUUACUGGACCCCCGGACAGAGAAGAUGGCCCCUUUCAAUGAGCACUGGAGACAGGUUUACCGCUUGUGUCACCCAUGCCAGAUAGACUAUGACUUUGUCGGGAAGCUGGAGACCCUCAACGAAGAUGCAGCUCAUCUGCUGCAGCUUCUCAAGGUGGACAGACUCCUCCACUUCCCCCCCAGCUACCGGAACAGGACUGCCAGCAGCUGGGAGGAGGACUGGUUUGCCAAAAUUCCUCUGGCCUGGAGGCAGCAGCUCUACAAACUUUACGAGGCUGAUUUUGUACUCUUUGGCUACCCCAAGCCAGAAAAUCUUCUUAAAGACUAAAAGCAAUUGGAAAUUGGAGGGGCAGGAGGGGGAUUACCAAAAAUAUUUAAAACUUCACAGUAUCCUCCUCUUAAUCUCCCAACCCAGAAAGAUAAAAUUAAGUAUAUUUUUUCUAUUCAUCCCCUUCCAAAUUUGCAAGAAUCCAGGAUACUCCAGCCAGCUGUGAAUCACCAGAAGACCCCCCUCUCCCUUUGCAAUCAGACGACUUCCUCGUUCACUCUGUCGGCUCUGUCCUUCGGUCGCUUUUUAUUAAUACUUUUUAAAAAUUAAUAUAUUUAAAAUAUUUAAUACAAAUUGUGUGUUGCGGGGGAGGAAGAAGUGGAGUAAAAAACAAAGCCCCUG